AUGAGCUUGUCCCUUGUUGGUGAAGCAUUAUUAUCAGUUUCACAAGGGUGGAAAGAUGCUGUGCCUAAUGCAGUUGGAUGGGAACUUAAUAAGGGAAGAAAAGUACCUAGGUGUAUUAGUCUUGCACAAUCCAUGGAUCCAACCAGGUUGGCCGUAUCUGCUGCAGAUUUGAAUUUAAAGCUUAUGAGGUGGCGUGCUUUACCAUCUUUAAACUUGAGUGCUUUGUCUUCCCUCAAGUGUCUUCUCCUUGGAGCAGGCACACUUGGAUGCCAGGUUGCGCGCAUGCUUAUGGCAUGGGGUGUCCGAAAAAUUACUCUAGUUGACAAUGGCAGGGUGGCUAUGUCUAAUCCAUUGAGGCAGUCUCUUUAUACUUUGGAUAACUGUCUUAAUGGCGGAGAGUUUAAAGCUACAGCAGCAGUUGAAAGUCUCAAACGGAUAUUUCCAGCAGUGGAAGCGGAAGGCAUUGUUAUGGCUAUACCAAUGCCUGGACACCCAGUAAAUCGCCAGGAACAGGAGAGCAUACUUGGCGAUUGCAGACGUUUGUGUGAUUUGAUUGAUGCUCAUGAUGCAAUUUUUUUAUUGACAGAUACAAGGGAAAGUCGUUGGCUCCCAACACUUCUCUGUGCCAAUGCUAACAAGAUUACCAUGACUGCAGCGCUGGGGUUUGAAAGUUUCUUGGUUAUGCGCCACGGAGCGGGUCCUUUAAGUAGCGCCUGUGAUUCGAGUGCUGAAACAGCUAGUUCUUCAUCUGCCGAUCUGUGUGUAUAUGAUGCAAAUGGAAAACAUAGACUGGGAUGCUAUUUCUGCAACGAUGUUGUUGCACCAACUGAUUCAACAUCCAACCGAACUCUGGACCAGCAAUGUACUGUGACCCGACCGGGGCUAGCUCCUAUUGCUUCUGCCCUUGCUGUUGAACUUUUAGUAGGGAUUUUGCAUCACCCUCAAGGGAUAUAUGCAGAAGCCGAUAUUAACAACAGUGUCUCCGGAGGUGCUGAGAACCCUCUUGGCAUUUUACCUCAUCAGAUUCGUGGUUCCCUUUCUCAGUUUUCUCAAAUGAGCCUUAUAGGUCACUCCUCCUCCAGCUGCACAGCCUGUUGUCACACAGUUAUAUCGGAGUAUCGAAACCGAGGAAUGGAGUUCAUACUUGAAGCAAUUAAUCAUCCUACCUACUUAGAAGAUGUAACUGGACUAACAGAGUUAAUGAAAUCAGCCACCAAAUUCUCAUUGGAGAUAGAUAGUGAAGAUGAUGAAGAAGAUUGUUUUGAAAUAUGA